UUGGCGGGACUUCAACGCGCCAUCAUGGGACAGACGGACGUGAAUAUAGUACUCUGUGCAGUCAUCGCCGCCGCUCUGCAAAUGACCGGAGCUGCUGUUAUUAUAAGGAGGGAUACCUCGUGUCCCGACAUCGUAACCCGAGAGCAGUGGGGUACCAAACCGGCCAAAGAGACGGACAACAUCACGUCACUGCCGGUUCCUUUCGUCGUGUUACACCACACACACAGACCUCGGUUCUGCAACUCGAGCGAAGACUGCGAGGCGGCCAUGAGAACCAUGCAGUAUAUGCAUCAGGACCUACGUGGCUGGUUUGACAUCGGCUACAAUUUCUGCGUGGGUGGAACAGGAAACGUGUACGAGGGUCGAGGAUGGGACGUCCAGGGCGCCCAUGCACCUCGAUAUAACAACCGAAGCACUGGUAUCUGUUUCAUCGGAGACUUCAUGGACUCGCUGCCAACACCCGAGAUGAUGGAAGCAGCCAAAGAUUUGAUCCAGUGUGGGGUGGAACGAGGAUCCAUCGCAGUCGACUACAAACUUCUGGGACACCGUCAGGUUCGGGACACAUUGUGCCCUGGGGACACUUUCUACGAAAAUAUCACCACGUGGUCUCACUGGGACCCGCUUGCGGACGUAGUGACCGUCACACACACGUAACAUCUCAGCGUUCUCUUCACAACUGAACUCUCUACAGGCGGUUCCACUCCUUCGUAUGAACAUUUCUUGACUGUAUUCAGCAAUAAAGCUACCGAAUCAAAAGGAGAAACAUUAUGCUUCCUGCGAAGCACUGCUCCUUCAAGACGGGGCGUCAAGUUUCUUUUUAAGUUUAUGCAACAUGCGAGCCAGACGGACAUGUAACUGUAGGAAAACGUGAAAAGUGAAACUGCAGGUCAGUGUACUGAAAUAUAAUUUAUAUCAAGGGUCUCGGCGGAUGAAUGAAGUGCCUACAUUUCACAAAUAUCUGUGGGUAAAUCUUCUCAGUGAUUUAACAAGAUGUAAUAUAAAGAUUAUCUGCAUCCAUGACAUAACUCUUCCACAGGGUUUGCUUUACACUAAUUUGAUACAAGAGUAGAUAGGUACAAAGUGAUAUUCUUUCCUGUGGAUGUAAAUGACCAUCAUUUCUACGAAAGAAACAUUGGAAAAUCUGGAACUCUACUUCUGAGGAGAUCUGUGACGUUUCGGUGAAACUAUUUUGAUUCCAAUAACAUAUGCGUGGUCCUGGGUAUUUAAGUUCACUAAGACCAUUUCACUAGCCUCUUGAUUAUAAGGCUGUGAUAGAAGAACAAUGUUUUAGAAUUCCAAAAUUAUUCGAAACUAACAUGAUGAUUGUCAAAAGUAAAAACUUUUUGAUUUAGUAAAUUUCAAUCAUCUUCGAUUUCGUACACGCAGAAUACUUCAGAAAUAUUGUUCCAGUUUUUCCAUACUUAUUUCUUGUGUUUGAAGUUUCCUAAACUUCAGAUAUUGUUGAUGGUUCCCAUGACAACAGCUGAAGCGAAAUUCGUACUAAAUGUAUAAUCAGUAUUUAAUAUAGCCCUUAAUGUAUACACUGGUCACUUAUAGAUGACUGUGACCAAGAAAACUCAUCGUAAAGUUACUGAACACUCACUAUAAACAGGCUUGCUACCUUUCUAAUCUUGCUUAGGGUUGAUACUUCAGACAUGUACGCUACGAGUUCUGAUCUACAGAAAUUAGAACUGGUUCAGGAGAGGAGCGUUGGUGCCGACAGACAUGACACAAAAGGAACUGUCAUAUCAACUUUAACAUUUCCUGCUACCACCGAUUUUAUGUCGAAAUGAACAUAUAAAAUAAACGGUUAUUUGCAGCAGGUUAAAGACAUGAAAUACCCUGCUGCAAGUCGCCGAAGCUUUCUUAGCGAACGAUUUUCUUUCUGAAAGCACACCCAUCAGUCUGGCGACCUAUCACGUCGCGUCCUUUCAGGCAUAACUACAUUCUACCAACUCCUGUAAGAACUGCAGAAUUUACGGUACGUUAAAUCUCCCUUCAACUUGCAAAAGAUGCUAUUACAUUCUUUAAAAUGUAUUCUGUCGAAUAAAAUUUGUUCCUUGUUUU